CUACCCGCCAUGUCCGCAGCCCGAGCCUUCAGCACCGCUCUCCGGGCGGGUGCUCCCCGCGCCCCCAUUGCCCGCUUCGCCGCGACCCGAAGCUACGCUGCCGCCGCACCGAGCAGCGCAUCGACCAAGCCGCCCGUCGCCCUCUUCGGCGUCGACGGAACCUACGCGAGUGCUCUGUACACGGCCGCCGCGAAAACAAACGCCCUCGACCCCACGGCGAAGUCGCUCCAGACCCUCGCCGAGGUCUUCAAGAAGGACGCCAAGCUCGCAGACGUCCUCCGCGCCCCGUCCCUCACCGUCUCCGACAAGAAGCAGAUCGUCCAGGAACUGUCCAAGCACAUUGGCAACGCCGACAAGGAGGGCAUCGUGAAGAACUUCCUCGAGACACUCGCCGCCAACAACCGAUUGGGUACGCUCUCGAGCGUCGUGGAGAAGUUUGCCGUCCUGAUGGGCGCGCACAGGGGCGAGAUGGAGCUCGUGGUUACCAGCGCUGCGCCCCUCGACAACAGGACCCUCAGCCGCCUCGAAGCCGCCGUCACCAAGUCGGAUCUCGUUGGCCAGGGCCAGAAGCUCAAGGUCGUUUCCAAGGUCAACCCCGAGAUCCGCGGUGGACUCAUUGUCGAGGUUGGCGACCGCACCAUCGAUCUGUCCGUCUCCGCCAAGAUGGCCAAGAUGAACAAGCUGCUCAAGGACACUUUGUAGAUGUAGGGAAAACUCCUCAAUCGAGCGAGCCAGGUGACGGGUGGGGUUGUGUACUUUAGACUUUUGUGAAAAAGAGCAAUUUACUACUGUGGCCUUCUAUGAUGGUGUGUGUGAUGUCGAACGAGACGAGGAGGGGUGUGAUUGAGUUGUUUCAAGCAGAAUUCUUGAAUUUCAAUGCGAUGAUAGUACGAUUGGCUGGUUAUAAGUAUUGGGAACAAUCGACAUAACCCGAAUCCUACUGCAACUUGCAAUACCCCCUCCCAUGAUCAACCUGCCACCGACACAACCCCACCUCCACAGCCAUGCUCAAAAACCCCGCAACACAAAUCCCCCCCGAAUCACUCACACUCGUCGCGCCCAGACUAAACUCCCUAUCCACCUUCUUCACAUGAUCCGUAAUCUCCGCAAAAGUACUAACAUAGACCAAUCCGCCGAGCAAGCCCUCCCA